AAUGUGAUACAGAGAAGUAGUAGAUGAUAGGAGUGAAUCACUCGUAGAGAUUGUCUUCUCUACUUCAUGUAUAAUACUAGAUAUAUAUCGAUUACUAGAUAUGAUUAACUUAAUCACAGCUAGAUUUUCCGUCUCAACAAUGUACCUUACGAACACUAACUGGUUCAGAUUGUAGGACCAAAAACGUGUAAGAUUCCUGAGAUUGAAACCAGCAACUCGUUUUAUUGUUCUUCACCAAACAAUGCUGCUAAGGAGCUGCAUUGUCUGGAUCUCUCUUCUCUGCUCAUUUUCUCCACUUGGCAGAGCUAUGCUCAACCUCACUCUUCCCGGCCAGCAUCCCAACCCCCAAGCUGUUGUCCAAGAAGUUCACUGGAAGGUAAAUGCGUCUAUGACAAGAAGGGAAAUGCUACAAGUCUCAGAGAAAGACCAGUUCUACUCCUCAUGCCUAACCGGAAACCCCAUAGAUGACUGCUGGAAAUGUGACCCAGAAUGGCCCAACAACCGCCAGAGACUAGCAGAUUGCGGCAUUGGGUUCGGACAGUACGCUCUUGGCGGCAAGAACGGAGACUUCUACAUUGUCACCGACUCCUCGGACGAUGAUCCUGUCAAUCCUAGGCCAGGCACACUUCGAUAUGCCGUGAUUCAGGUUGAACCUCUGUGGAUCGUGUUCCCUAGCAACAUGCUCAUCAAGCUCUCUCAGGAACUUAUCUUUAACAGCUAUAAAACUCUCGAUGGGCGUGGGGCUAAUGUUCACAUUGUGGGUGGCGGCUGCAUUACGCUGCAGUACAUCAGCAAUGUCAUUAUUCACAACAUACAUAUCCACCAUUGUCAUCCCUCAGGUGAAACGAAUGUGCGGUCGAGCCCAACCCACUUCGGUUGGCGCACGAAAUCGGACGGCGAUGGGAUCAGCAUCUUCGGGUCGAAGGACAUAUGGAUAGACCAUUGUUCCCUAUCGCACUGCAAGGAUGGCCUGAUCGAUGCGGUGAUGGGGUCGACAGGGAUAACAAUAUCGAACAACUAUUUCUCUCAUCACGACGAGGUGAUGCUGCUGGGCCACAGCGACGACUACUUGCCGGACUCGGGAAUGCAGGUCACCAUUGCGUUCAAUCACUUUGGGGAGAAGUUGGUGCAGAGGAUGCCCAGGUGCAGGCGCGGCUAUAUCCACGUUGUUAACAACGAUUUCACGCAGUGGGAAAUGUAUGCCAUCGGUGGUAGCGGUAACCCUACCAUCAAUAGCCAAGGCAACCGCUACACUGCUCCUUCUAAUCGCAAUGCCAAGGAGGUAACGAAGCGAGUGGACACCGGGAAAGGAGAAUGGAGCGGAUGGAAUUGGAGAUCUGAAGGGGAUAUAAUGGUGAACGGAGCAUUCUUUGUGGCGUCGGGUGAGGGUGUCGAAGUCAAGUACGAGAAGGCUUAUAGCGUGGAGCCAAAGUCCGCAGUGCUCAUCGACCAACUCAUUAUGCACGCCGGUGUACUCGGUGUUGGUGGCAGGGACAACAACUUGGGAAAGUGGACAACAGGAGGCAACGAUGGUGGACUCGGUUUGGAGUCAGAGCCAGACUACAUGGAUUAUAUGUCUGGAAGCAGCGUGUCACUAAUGUCACCCACUACCUCUACUCUUAUAUCCCUUUUGAUUGCAUUCUCGUGCUUGUUAUUUUAUAAAACACCCCUGGCAUUUAUGUGAUGAUGGGAAAUCAACCCAUCUUUGUUUUCUUAA